AUGGGGGCUUGCACUUCUAAACCGAAACCCAUCCAAGAACCUGAUUUUCCUUCAUCAGGUGAAAUCAAGGUACAAUCCCAGGACAAGCAGGUACAAGCCCAGAAUAGGGAAAACCCAGUUGCGCCGGAGAACGACAACAACGGCGAAAACGCCGUGGACAAAGGGAGAAAAUCACCGUUCUUCCCCUUUUUCUACAGCCCCAGCCCAGCCCAUUACCUGUUCUCGAAGAAGUCUCCGGCGAGGUCUCCGGCACCGGGGACCGGGACGCCGAGGAGGUUUUUCAAGCGUCCGUUUCCACCUCCGUCUCCAGCAAAGCACAUCAAGGCGGUUCUCGCUCGGCGGCAUGGCUCCGUGAAGCCAAACGAGGCGGCAAUUCCGGAGGGGAAUGAGGUUUCAGAUGCGUCAGGUCUGGACAAGAGCUUCGGGUUCUCCAAGAAGUUUUAUGACAGGUAUGAGCUCGGGGAAGAAGUUGGGAGAGGGCAUUUUGGGUAUACAUGUCGGGCCAAGCUCAAGAAAGGGGAGCUCAAGAGGCAAGAAGUUGCUGUUAAGGUCAUUCCCAAAGCAAAGAUGACCACUGCUAUUGCUAUUGAAGACGUAAGAAAGGAGGUGAAAAUAUUGCGAGCUUUGACAGGACACAGCAAUUUGAUUCAGUUUUAUGAUGCUUUUGAAGACCACGACAAUGUCUACAUUGUGAUGGAGUUAUGUGAAGGUGGCGAGCUUUUGGAUCGAAUACUUUCGAGGGGUGGCAAGUAUGCGGAAAACGAUGCAAAAACAGUGAUGAUACAGAUACUUAAUGUUGUCUCAUUCUGCCAUCUUCAAGGAGUGGUGCAUCGUGAUCUUAAACCUGAGAAUUUUCUAUUCACAUCCAAGGAAGAAAACUCGCUUUUGAAGGCCAUAGACUUUGGUUUAUCCGAUUUUGUGAAACCAGACGAGAGGCUUAACGACAUUGUAGGCAGUGCAUAUUAUGUGGCACCCGAAGUUUUACAUCGAGCAUACAGUACAGAGGCCGAUGUUUGGAGUAUAGGUGUGGUAGCAUAUAUCCUUCUGUGUGGCAGCCGCCCGUUUUGGGCUCGAACGGAGUCCGGUCAUCCAUGGAUCAAAAAGGUUAAUGGCGUGAAAGUGCCGUUGGACUUACUAAUAUUUAAACUUAUGAAAGCUUACAUGCGUUCAUCUCCUCUGCGGAAAGCUGCUUUACGGGCUUUAUCUAAAACCCUAACUGUUGACGAACUCUUCUAUUUAAGAGAGCAAUUUGCACACCUCGAGCCGACCAAAAACGGAACAAUUAGCUUGGACAAUAUUAAAACGGCCUUGAAGAAGAACGCUACCGAUGCCAUGAACGAGUCACGAAUUUAUGACUUCCUUGCUUCCCUUAGUGCCCUUCAAUACAGAAGAAUGGAUUUCGAAGAAUUCUGUGCGGCUGCAUUAAGUGUUUACCAGUUGGAAGCUCUCGAUAGAUGGGAGCAACAUGCUCGUUGUGCCUAUGAGCUUUUCGAUAAAGAAGGCAACCGAACUAUCAUGAUCGAGGAAUUAGCUUCGGAGCUUGGGCUUAGCCCUUCUGUUCCAGUUCAUGCAGUUCUCCAUGACUGGAUUAGGCACACAGAUGGAAAGCUUAGUUUUCUCGGAUUUGUUAAGUUACUGCAUGGUGUUUCCACACGGUCACUUGCCAAAGUACAUUGAAACUAUUGAGAAAAAAAUUUAAAUUUUGGAUUUUGUUAAAACUAUUUUUUUCUUCAUGCCUGGUGAUCUUCAUGGAAAAAGAGAAAAAGGAAAUUAGGCUAAAUUAGGUUCGAGUGAAAUCCCCAUGGCCAUCAUCAGGUAGAAUUUAGUGUAGAAUUUACCAUUUACUGGGAUUUUAAUAGGAAUGUGUGUAGCAAUUUGUACAGUCUUAAUAGUAGUUUUUUUUUUUUCUCUCUUUUUACAGUUUUAUUUAAAGUUUUUCUAUUCUGAUUGUCCAGCUUGAGAACAUUUGUGAGCUGGUUAAUGUAAUUUACACCUCUUAACAUAUAUUGGAGUACAAUUCUCUUGC